UGUUAUUCUAUCCCUGAAAUAUCUAGCAGCUUCUUUUGCUUAUACCACAUUUGAUUUCUAACGGUUUCUGCCAUCUAAUAAAGAUGUUUGGCUAAGGAAGUGUGAACGAUAAUAUAAAUCACCAUAUCACUCUUCAAAUAUCCAAGUACCUCUUAAGCCAUCUUGGAUCUUAUAUCAGUGGCAAACAUCUCGUCCCGAUAACUCGGAUCCGGGGAACGGCAUAUCCACAACAUGGCUAUCCAUCGUCUAGGUUCUCCCAGAAGCAUACAAACGACCUUCUUGAUUCCAAGCAUUCACUGUCCGACCUGCGCUUCAUUUCUUGAGAGCUUCCUCUUUGCUCUACGGCCAAGACCUAUAGAGGUGGAAACCUCUAUCCUAUCACAUAGCGUGACAGUCAAACACCCCACAUCCCUUAGUUCCCGUUCAAUCGCGCGAGCUCUAGGAGAAGCUGGCUAUGAGGUCGACACCAUUUUCAGGGGCGCGUCAUCCGAAGAAAUAAACCCAAGCGACCCUCACGGUAGCUCUGACGAUGACUUUCCCUUCCAGUGGAUUUCGCAUCUUGGUCGGUGGUUACUAUGGGGUCACAAGGUGUCGGAUGAUAAGGCUCGUCGAAAGCGCCAUGCAGAACACUGCGAACAAUGUCGCAAGGAUGACGAAGUAAAGCAGUCCGAAGAUGGACAUACUCGAUCGCCCACGCCAGGCGAGGAGUCCCUAGUUGUCGUUGAAUCAGGCCCUUCGAAAACAUUUAGGGCCUCUAUCUCGAUUGUCGGCAUGACAUGUAGCUCCUGUGUCGGCAAAAUUGCUACAACACUUCGCGAAAUACCUUGGGUGCAAUCUGCUGAUGUGGCGCUGAUCACGCAAAAUGCCACCGUGGUAUAUGAGGGCGAGCACAAUGCUGAAGAAUUGGCCGAAGCGAUCGAGGAUAUUGGUUACGACGCGAGUAUUGCCCAAGUAGAAGAAAUUUCGAUUUCACCUAAAUCACGCCCUGGUGAUGAUUUAUGGUCUACAUCAUUAUCCAUUACCGGGAUGACAUGCGCCUCUUGCGUUGGAUCCAUUACUUCUGUCCUCGAAAAGUUACCAUAUGUCAAGGAAGUAAACGUCAACCUCGUCACUGGAAACGCCAUAGUCGUUGUCGAUGGUAAGAGCCAUGUGGACGACGUGGUGAACACGGUCGAUGAUAUUGGCUUCAGCGCAACAGUUAACGAAACGACAAAGCUUGGAGAGGAGGUUAUCGAGACUACCGAACGGGUGGUGAUGAUUCGAGUGGAAGGAACAUACUGCCAACACUGCCCGGGGCGGGUAACAGAAGCGUUGAAUAGCUUUGACGGCCGGGUGACAAUCGAGAAGCCCCUGACGUCAAAAGAUCCAAUCAUUAAAAUCUCAUACUCUCCAAGCGCGCCCGAUUUCACGAUACGCCACAUCCUUGCAGCGAUAUCCGCCAUAGACACAGCAUUCCGCCCCACCAUUUAUCACCCGCCCACAGUUGAAGAGCGCGCGAGACAGAUGCACCGCAGAAUUCGCCAAAGAAUACUGUAUCGAGUCUUGCUAUCAAUCACUAUAGCUAUCCCGUCCUUCAUAAUCGGUAUCGUUUACAUGGCACUUCUGCCAACAAGCAACCCCGGUCGUCAGUAUCUGAUGCAACAUUUAAAGGGGGUAACUCGAGCAGAAUGGUCCCUCUUGGUUAUGGCUACGCCAGUAUACUUCUUCGCAGCCGAUAUAUUCCAUCGCCGUGCGAUCAAAGAACUGUACUCCCUGUGGAGACCCGGAAGCCCCGCCCCUCUCCUCCGCCGCUUCUAUAAGUUCGGUAGUAUGGACAUGCUCAUGUCUUUCGGCACAUCUAUCGCAUAUUUCAGCUCCAUUGCUGAACUGAUUAUCGCCGCUACUCAACUAGACGGAGAGCAGAUGCAAGAAAACACGACUUACUUCGACUCCGUUGUCUUUCUCACCAUGUUUCUCCUAAUCGGACGAUUGCUAGAGGCUUACAGCAAGGCGAAGACCGGGGAGGCCGUUUCUGAGCUAGGAAACCUGCGACCGAAAGAAGCUCUUCUUCUUACCUCUACCGACGGUGACGAAGAGACCUACGAAAAGGUCAAUGUUGACAUGGUAGAGACAGGCGAUGUGGUCAGGGUCGUUCACGGUGCGUCUCCGCCAUGGGAUGGAUAUCUUCUCAGCGACAAGGCGGAAUUCUCGGAAGCGAGCCUGACAGGGGAGUCGAGGCCGGUCAAGAAGACCACCGGCGACCAAGUAUUCUCUGGUACUAUGAACGAAGGCGGUCCCAUAUCCAUGCGCAUCACCGGGGCCUCGGGCAACUCAAUGCUAGAUCAAAUCAUCAAAGUCGUUCGGGAAGGUCAAGCGCGACGAGCCCCAAUCGAAAGAGUAGCUGAUGCCCUCACCAGCUACUUUGUUCCUGUCGUUACUUUAAUCGCAAUUUCAACCUGGCUCAUUUGGCUCGGCCUUGGCCUCUCUGGGCGCCUACCACAAUCGUAUCUCGAUACCCCGGUUGGCGGCUGGCCUUUCUGGUCGCUUCAAUUCGCAAUCGCCGUAUUUAUCAUCGCCUGCCCCUGUGGUAUCGGUCUAGCUGCACCAACUGCUCUCUUCGUUGGAGGCGGGUUGGCAGCUAAGCACGGGAUCUUGGCAAAGGGUGGGGGUGAAGCCUUCCAGGAGGCAAGCAACAUUGAUAUUAUUGUCUUUGACAAAACAGGAACUUUGACAGAAGGCGGCGAACCGAAACUGACCGAUCACGAGUUCCUAUUCUCCGAGUCAGACGAUUGGACUGAAUCGAAAAUCCUUGAUUGCCUUAAAGAGAUCGAAUCGAACAGUAGUCAUCCUAUUGCCAGGGCCAUUGUGUCGUUCUGCGAGGACAGAGGUAUCAAAGGCAUCAAAGCUCUUGGUAUUGAGGAAGUUCCUGGAAAGGGGAUGAAAGCCUCAUUUGACCUCGGGUCCUCUCUUGGAACUGUUGAAAUCCUUGUCGGAAACGAAACUCUCAUGAAUGAUAACGCUGUACUUAUCACACCCGAAGCAUCUAAAAUGCUGGAUUCAUGGAAAGAUCAAGCAAAGUCUGUGGUACUGGUAGCCGGAAAAUCCAUCUCCUCAUCCACGAAUUCAUCAUGGAAACUUCUUGGUAUCUUCGCUACCUCCGAUCCUCUUCGGCCAGAGGCCAGACCCGUACUCGAUGCGCUCCGACGCCAAGGCAAAGACAUCUGGAUGUUAUCCGGCGACAACAGCAAGACGGCAAACGCAGUCGGCGCCCUCGUCGGCAUCGAUCCCGACCACAUCAUCGCCGGUGUCCUCCCAGAACAGAAAGCGGACAAAAUCAGCUAUCUUCAAAAGAGCCAAGCGAAAACAAGCUCAGGCUUUCUCGGGCUCGGCUCGAAAUCAAUUAAUCAAAGAGCCGUCGUCGCCAUGGUCGGCGACGGCGUCAACGACUCCCCCGCCCUAACCGUCGCCGACGUCGGCAUCGCCAUCGGCUCCGGCUCCGAUGUCGCGAUCUCAGCCGCGGAAUUCGUCCUUGUGAACCCGAAUCUCAACACCUUGCUCGUCCUAACCAGCCUCAGCCGCGCCGUGUUCAAGAGGGUGAAGUUUAACUUCGCUUGGGCUUUGGUGUAUAAUAUCGUGGAACUUCCGAUCGCCGCGGGUGUUCUGUACCCGUUGGUCGUGAACGGGAAGCAUACGAGGUUGGACCCCGUGUGGGCGAGCUUGGCGAUGGCGCUUAGUAGCGUGAGUGUGAUUUGUAGUAGCCUAUUGUUGAAGAGUAGGCUGCCGGUUGUUGGGUUUAAGGGGGAUAGGAUUUUGGGCGCGGAUGGUUGAGAUGUUUGGGCUUAUGGGGUGUGAAGUCGAGAUUGAGGACAUAUUAGGAUCUGGAUAGGAGUUUCUUUGAUCAGCGACAUUGAUAGAUACCAAUAAUUAGAUGAUGUUUUAAAUAGGUACCUUUCCGGUCUUUGUGAUUGUUUGGCGCUUUGUUGGAUGAAUUUCCUAUAACUAUGGGUAGGAAUUAGGCAUAGCGUAUAUAAUUCUAUGUUACACGGCUUAUCUACCUAGAGGAUCGUACAUCGAUUAAUAAAGUUAGUAAUGUCAGGUUUAUUACUAGAAAAGCCAACUACUCUCAGGAUCCGGUUCAAGGAACUUAGGAUUCGGAAGAGUCGAAUGUCGCUUCGAGGGAUACUGCCCCUUGGAUAGAUCUCCUGGGAAGAAAGUUCAUACGUCUGUCGUAAUGAUG